AUGGCGUCGAUCUACGAAGGGACGUUCGACACGGCGUCGCUCCAGAAGGAGCUCGCGCAGGCGCUCGACGAAGACCGCAAGUACAAGGCGACGGACGAGAUGAAGAAGCGCGCGAUCCACACGGCAGCGUCCUACGACGAGUUCAAGAAUUUCGUGCUCUGCGCCGACCUCAAGCCCGUGAGCUCCAAGGAGCUGCAGAAUCUCUCCAAGAGUGAGCGCCAGCGCAACCGACUCUACCAUAAAAAGUCGUCGUCCAUCAAAGCGACGCGUCCGGCGACGCUCACAGGCGCCGAUGACGCGCCGCCCAAAUCGUCGGUCGAGUUUCAACGCACGUGGCAGCGGAGUUGCUCGACAGACGCCGCCAAGCUCCAGUACUUGGAGCGCACGACGCCGGCGCGGCUCGCCAAGCUCUUUCAGGCCGAGAUCGACGCCGACCUCUUUGGCAGUAUCGUGGCAACCCUACGUCGGCUGCUGCGGGGCGUCAACCCCGACGGCGAGAUCGAUGCGUACGAGGCCGAGCAGGCGCUCGUGACCAGCAGCAUCGCGAUACUAUCGGCGAUUGGCCAAACCCGGCGCCGCUCGCUGCUGCUGUCGUUUCUCACAGCGACGCAGGCCGACGACCUGACGCAGCUGCUCGACCAUCUGCACAGCGUGGCGGGCGACGCCAACGACGCGCUACUGACCCUCCGGCGCCUGUUUGCAACACCGUAA